UUUUACUUUUUUAAUCCCAUGGGAACGAAGUCGCGAGCAACAGCUAGUCUCAUAGUGCUACCACUUUUGCUUUACAGUUAGUAAAAGAUAUAUAGAAAUGAACGAAAUAGAUUUGAUAAAGGAAAUCGAGAAGCAUCCUAUCCUGUACGACAAGUCAAUCAGCGGCUUCAACAAGACGAAGCUAAGGGAGGACGCCUGGACUGCCGUACGGGAUUCACUCAAUGUAUCCGAAACCGAGUGCAAGAAGCGAUGGCGUUCGCUGCGGGACUCGUUCAUAAAGUUACAGCGCACGCACGGCGGCCGCACGCGCUGGUCCUACCACCACGCCAUGCGCUUCUUGCUGCCGCACAUCGAGGCACGGUGCGACACCGACGUGCUCAGGUCAACGAAAAAAGAUACCGAAGAUUCGGAUCCUGAAGAAGAAAUAAAGCAACGUAACUCUCUACUGCCUGAUAUAUCCUUCCCUGCAGCUGAAGUGAACGCGAAGUAUGAUGACGAUGAGGAUUCCCAGCCGUCUCCUAAGAAACAACGUCUCCUGUCAACUGACGAAGAGGGUUGUCACUGCAACAGAACAGAUCCUGACGAGCUGUUUUUACUCAGCUGUUCCUCGACAUUGAAAAGAUUAAACUCGAAACAGAAUGCUGCAGUGAGGUUGAAAAUCCAGCAGCUCCUUUACGAGGCUGAGUUUGGAACGCAAAUGGAUAUGCCGUACGUCACUCCGGCGAGUGACUGUGGUUAUGAUGCUUUGGAUGUUCAUGAAUAAAAAGACCUUAUGUGAGGGUAGUUUUAUCUGUUUUUAUUAGAAUUUCCCUUAGUUCAGUGGUCGGUAAACUUAUUGUCGAAGAGCCAAUUAUGAUGUCAACAAUAAAAUGUUCGGGAUCCAAAUCCGCUUGUUUAGUGAAUUUUUAAUACACUAAAUUUUUCAGUCUUAAAAAGUUUUUAUUAAUGUGAACAAUGUGCUUGCAUCAUGGAAAGUUUUUGUAUGUCAUAGCCAAAGAGCUAUUGAAGGAGCCAAAGAGCCAUACGACUCUAGAGCCGAAGUUUGCCGACCACUGUCCUAGUUUAAACAGCUGGACCGAUUUUGGUUAAUGCAUAGAUCCCAUGGCUAGUGAUCUAGUCGAGUAUUGAGUUAUUAGUAGCUAAAAUUCUCCUAUUAAACUGAAUUACUAGUCUAGUGUGAACUAGCCCUAAGAAAGUAUUCAUAUAAGUCAGUCUUGUUUUUUUUUUCCUACUUUCUUAUUUUUAAAUAAAUGUAUUUCGAUGUAUCGUGUUUGUGUAACAUUUUAAUUAAGUAAUUAUUAUUAAUUAGAAGUUUUUGUAAGUUAUAUGCAGCCAUU